AUUAUAUGAAAAAACAUAGGCAUGAUAUUUCAGUGAAGUGGGACCCACGAGGCGCCAAAUCUAUAAUCUCAAGAUGAACUCAUUGUGACUCCCAGCCACCCGCUUCUUCUUCUUCUUCUUCUCCUCCUUCUCCUUUCGUCCAUAAAAAUCACAGGAUGAAUUCUCUUCUGCAUGGAAAUCUAAAUUGCAAUAUUUUAUGCCAAAAUAGAGCUUUUUCCUAUGUGGGUAUUUCAAGUCCUACAGUGCUGCAUUUCAAGAGAGGAGGAUUAAUUUCACGAAGCUUGUAUAGAAAGAACAUUUUCUCUUUUCCAAGAAAAGCAUCAUCCAGCAGCGUAAUAUCAAAUAAAGUAAAAUUCAUUACACCUAGAUGUAGCAGUUCCUCAGACUCCAGUAGCAGUAAAGAUGGUUCCCCUGAUCAAGGCAAGACACCUUUUGGAUACACCAGGAAGGAUGUUUUAUUGAUUGGACUUGGAGUUACUGUUCUUGGCUAUGGCUUGAAAAGUGGACUGGAGUUUGUUGGAGUUGAUCCCUUACAAGCAGGAAAUGUUGUUCAAUUGGUGUUGGUUUUAGGCCUAACAGUUGGAUGGAUUUCUACAUACAUCUUUAGGGUCUCAAACAAGGAAAUGACAUAUGCUCAGCAACUGCGGGACUAUGAAUACAAAGUCAUGGAGAAGCGGUUGGAGGGUUUGACAGAAGCAGAAUUAGCAGUACUGCUUGAACAAGUUGAGGAAGAGAAGAGCCGCCAAGCAAGUGGUGAGCAGGUUAAUUGAAGUAUGCUUAAACAUUCUAAGCUUUAUGUCCAUCAGAAUUUCUGUACAAUGGUUAAAAAUGUGAUCAUUACAACUAUAGGAAAAUCAGCUUACAGAAUCUAUGUCUACCUUAUCUGUACCCACUGAAAUAUGGGACUGUAGAUAACUGUUAUUACCUUGUAACUUUCUAGUUGCAAAAUCCAACAGCUGCAGAUUUCAAGAGGUAACCAAAAUACAAUCUGGGGUCAAUACCCAACAGAUUCUGAUAUUUUGGUGGUCAUUUUAUCUGCAAUAUAAAAAUUAAAAUUUGAAAA